ACCAUUCUAUGCGCCCUCUCGAAUCCGUGUCUUCUCCAUCUUCUUCUUCUUCUUCUUCUGCUUCUUCAUAUUCAACCUCUCCAUCACCAGAUCUCUGCUCAGCUCUCAGCUGAAUCCGUUGAAUCAUUCCGUCCCCUGAUCCUUUUCACGAGCUCCGUCUAUCAGAGGAAUCGGCGGCUCUGCGGCUUUUGCAAUGGCGAAGCCGAGGAACUCGCGGUACCCGGCCCGGAAGUCGCCGUCCUCGACUCUGGUCCUCAGCAUGCUCCUCAUGUUCUCGUUCGUGGUCCUCAUCCUCCUCGCCCUCGGGAUCCUGUCCAUGCCCAGCAGCUCCAGCAAUGCCCCCAAGGCCCACGAUCUGACCUCGAUCGUCCGGAAGACUACCGAUCGGACUGGUGCUGACGGAGGGAGAGGGGAGCAGUGGGUGGAAGUCAUCUCGUGGGAGCCUCGAGCUUUCGUCUACCACAACUUCCUGUCUAAGGGGGAAUGUGAAUAUCUAAUCAAACUUGCCUCGCCUCGUAUGGAAAAGUCUACGGUGGUAGAUGGUGCAACUGGCAAGAGUAAAGAUAGCAGGGUACGUACAAGCUCCGGUACGUUCCUGGCAAGAGGGCGUGAUAAGAUAAUUCGGGACAUUGAGAAAAGGAUUGCAGAUUUUACCUUUAUUCCCGCAGAACAUGGAGAAGGACUACAGGUUCUCCACUAUGAAGUUGGGCAAAAGUAUGAGCCUCACUUUGACUACUUCCAGGAUGAGUACAAUACUAAAAACGGCGGUCAACGCAUGGCUACACUUCUCAUGUACCUGUCCGAUGUUGAGGAGGGUGGUGAGACGGUGUUUCCUAAUGCCAGAGGGAAUGUAAGUGCUGUGCCUUGGUGGGAUGAGCUAUCUGAGUGCGGGAAAAAGGGUCUUUCUGUUAAACCGAAGAUGGGCGAUGCAUUACUUUUCUGGAGCAUGAGACCUGAUGCCUCUCUAGAUGAAUCUAGUUUGCAUGGUGGUUGCCCCGUGAUCAAGGGGAACAAGUGGUCAUCCACAAAAUGGAUGCGGGUGCACGAGUACAAAGUUUGAUUUAUUCUAAAAGGGUCGUCUUUCGACAGGUUUCUGACUGAAUUCUCAUAUCCACAAAUCUCGCAGAAGUACUGAGCACAGAUGAUGUACGGGACUCCAAGUUUGCAGAUGUAAGAUCGUUAUAUGGAGUCCUGCUGUGCAACUUGAUUAACUGGCGUGGCUGACUCGAAUUUUUGUUGUUGUAAACCACGUAUAGAAUAAGGAGAUGAGGCUUUUCUUCUUAUAGUAUUUAUUUUUUGCUUUUGGACUCUCAAAAGAAGAUGAGGAUUCGGGUUUGUAUUUUUUUUCCUAGUUCAAGUUCAAUGCACAGUUUUUACGUUAUCGUCA